AUGGUGUCUGAGACAGGAACUGCAGAUGUUCCCAAGUCACAUUCUACUGGUAUGCCCAGUGUACCAACAGCUGAAGCUAAAGAGCAUGCUGCAUCAGCAAGAAUAGUAGACAAGAACAGGGAGUUGCUCUUAGCAUUUUGGUCAAAAGCUGAAGAAAAUGGCAUUAUUCAUAAUAACGAUUUAUGGGAGAGUAGCAGUGGAGUAAGUCCCCCUUUGGAAGAGAGUAUGUUGUGCAUGGAAAAGCAUAGAGUACGGAUGGAAAACUUUUGUCUUGUUGCUCCAAAUUCUGGGACGUUGAACACUCCAACCAAGGUGCGGUGCUCAAGAUCCUGUCCUAUUAUGCUUUUGAAAAAUAAUGACCAAAAGGGCUUGUUUAUCGGGUGGUCCAUUGUGCUCCCCUUGAGUUGGGUCAAGGCCUUUUGGGCUCCUGUCGUCUCUAAGGGGGCUCAUGCAAUAGGUUUGAGAGAGAAGCACUGGAUUGCAUGUGAAAUGGAGUUGCCAUUUUUGCCUAUCGAUUUUCCUGAUUGCAAUGCAUACUCAUGUUUUAUGGCAACAGAAAAUGUUGCGUCUACUAAAAAAGCAGAACGUUGUCCUCCUGAUGUCAGGCCUUGGAAAGUUCCCAUUCCACCUCCAUGGGACACCAUUCGGCUUGCUUUGAACAAAGGACCCAGAAGAGUUGGAAAUAGGGAAACUUAUAAUGAGGAAGAUAUCACUAAUGGGAAUUCAUUGCCAUCUCUAAUUCUGGAAAUUGUGCUAGCUCGGUAUUUGUUCAUCAUAGCAAUGCAUUUGACGGAAUGGUAGCAAGGACGUGCUUUGUGCUGACUGAUUUCUUGAGAGAAAUCCAAGGUGAUCAUUUGCUUCUAUUUCCUCAACUACCGGACCACAAGACGAGCAUUUUUAAGUUAAUGAAGGAUGAAAGCAUGUUUGGCCUCAGCCUAAAGGAAGUUACCCAAUCUAUUUAUGAUCGUAAACUAUGU